GAGGUGCGUCUGUAGCGAGGCGGAUCGAUGGCGUGUGCUGGACGUCCCAUCACAGCUUUAAUGCAGCGGAGCGUCCGUCCCAUCACACACUCGCAGCAUCAUGAAGCAGCACUGCGCCAUCAAACACAGCGUCCUCAAAGAGUUCCUGGCCGAGUUCCUCGGGACCUUUGUGCUGGUGCUGUUCGGCUGCGGCUCGGUGGCUCAGACGGUGUUGAGCAGAAACACUCUCGGGGAACCGCUGACUGUCCACAUCGGCUUCAGCACCGGACUCAUGAUGGGCGUCUAUGUGUCCGGCGGCGUGUCGGGCGGUCACCUGAACCCCGCCGUGUCUCUGGCCAUGGUCAUCCUGGGGAAGCUGAAGAUCUGGAAGUUUCCCAUCUACGUGAUGGCGCAGAUGUUGGGCGCGUUUGUGGGAGCGGCUGCAGUCUUUGGAUUGUAUUACGAUGCCUUCAUGGACUUCACCAGCGGGAUUCUGUCAGUCACAGGAAUUAACGCUACAGGACACAUCUUCGCCUCAUACCCAGGCAGACACCUGACAGUGCUGGGCGGUUUCGUGGAUCAGGUGGUGGGGACGGGAAUGCUGGUCCUCUGUAUUCUAGCGGUUGUGGACGGCAGGAACAUCGGUGCUCCUCGAGGCGUGGAGCCGCUGGCUGUGGGUCUGAUCCUGCUGGGCAUCAGUGUCUCUAUGGGACUGAACUGCGGUUACCCUCUGAACCCCGCCAGAGACUUGGGCCCUCGCCUCUUCACCGCCGCUGCCGGAUGGGGCAUGGAGGUGUUCAGCACUGCAGAUUACUGGUGGUGGAUUCCUGUCGCCGGGCCGUUGGUAGGGGGCAUCGCCGGUGCUGUGAUCUACUUCCUGUUGAUCGAGCUUCAUCACACCAACCACAACGACAGACCUCACGAAGAACCCGAGGAAGAGGAGGAUGAGGACGAGGACGAAGACGAGGACAGCAGCCUGAAGGACAAAUACGAGAUGAUCAACAUGAGCUAGAAACCCGAGAUCAGUAGAAUUCCUGUCACGAAGUAAAGCCGGUAAACUCAUUUUCACACGCUGUUUACAUGAGUAAACUCAUCAGUGACACCAGCAGACCUCCGUCCACCUUCACAGCUCAGACAAUGAACAGGUUUGCACUGAUUGAUUCAUGUAAGUGCUUUAACUAAAUUCAAGCUUCACGUCUGUAAACCCAUCUUUCCCAUAAUCCCCCACUGCACAUAAUAUUUGAUUGUAUUUUGCUGAUGGUUAAUAUUAUAUUAUACUGAACCCAGAACACUCGAUUCAAUGGCUUUUAUACCUUUAAAUGAAUGGAAGCGUGUCAGGAUCCUGUCAGGAACUCUGUUCAGAUUAAAGCAAGAUUCACCACACAAAAGCACACUGACAGCACUGAUCAUGAAACGACCUGACAAACAUGCUUGUCUGAACACGACCAUCACGUCACAAGCCUUGAUGUAAUGGUUCACUGCAAAGAUUAGCGUUUGUCUGCGAAAGAUUUUCCACUAGAUCACCAUUGUUGAGUUUUCAUGUUAAAUUUAAAUUUUAUUUCACCUUGUUGUCAUAUAUUGUUUGUAAUAUUUAUGGUUAUGUGUUUGUAGAUCAGGCUUGUUUUUGAAAGUCUUUCGUAAAAAGUAGAUCUUUUGUAAUGAUGAAAUCCUGCGACUUCAACUGUGUAUUUGUGUUUUUUGCUGAAAUAAACUGAACUGUUGCGGCAGAUUUGUCUUGCUUACAAACAAG